CGGUAGGCGGUGGAAACAUGUCAAAAGCGGUAGACUACCGCCCAAAUCGGUAGGGUUGGCAGGUAUGAUACUAUUGUAUUUCUACUUAAGUAGCAUUACAAAUGCAGGACGUUUACUUGUAACAGAGUAUUCCUACACACUGGUACUUCUAAUUUUACUGAAGUACAAUAUCUGAGUACUCCUCCAACCUCUGUCUAAAGGAGAAGGGGUUGGCAAGUUUUCUUUUUUUAACAUUUUAGUAGUUGUAUGUAACUUGACCACGAGCUAUCCUAUCUAUUAGCACAUUCAUUACAAUAGUACUCCAUGUUAAUUAAUACAUUUGACACACCUGACAGAAUAAGUCACAUCCCAUUAAGGACUUCAUUCCAGCGGUAAUUCGCCCUGGGGGGCUCCUGUAAUCCCAGAGAGCAAGAUGAAUGCUACAUGUCAUUCAGAUUAGAAGUAGUAGUAGCAAUAGUAGUCGUAGUGGCAAGACCUCCUGUAAAGGGGCAUAAUGUGUGCAGAUACUUUAGAUUAAAAAAAAAAGGCCACAUGUUUUUUCUAAAAUCCUACUUAUGAGAACAUAGAUGCUGUCAAUGUAUAAAGAUAACACUACCUUAAACAAGUAGUUAUAUUGGUUCAAACAAGGUCCAUUCCGGCUGUACUUUUUAGUUUUAUUGAGUUUUUGGUUGGAGAUGAGAAUGGAAAGUCUGCAUGGCUGCAUAGUGAGAGAACCUACAUCAUGUUCUCACUGUGUCAUCCCCUCAGGAAAGGUGAUGCUGUGCUCCACGGUGGGGUGCAGUGGUUCCUUCCCCAACAUGCAGAAGCUGAUUGAACACAUGAGGCAUCACCACAAACCCAACAUAUUCUUCGUGUGUGAGAGUUGUCGCACAAAGUUGCGUUCCUACCGCGGCCUCCUGACCCACCUGCACACCUGCUCCAAAGUGAUGCGGGGGAAAGCCAAGCCCACUGAGCCAAACAUGGCCCCCAUGGAGGUGGACCAGAAGCCCCCCUGGCUGGAAGCAGCAUCUGCCCCCUCUCAGAUCCUGAACCCAGACCCCUCCUUCCCAGCUGUGGUGAAGCCGGGGCCCGAUGGCCCCCCCUUCAUGUCUAACCAUGAGCCCGCCCCCCCCCACCCUGCUCCUCCAAAGCUCACAGAGGCGGCUCCACAGCCCCCCAUAAGGAGUGACGCCUCUGAUCUGACUCCGUCCUUACACUUUGGGGCCCCACCAUUGACUCCCACCCAGGGGCAGCACCCGACACAGACCAGGUCCCCUGAGGACGUCCACCCCGCUCCAGGAUCAGCUCCUCGCUCUCCUCCUGGGCCCUCGGCUGUGUGGAGGAAGAAUCAAGGGUCCUGCAACAGCCGCAUCUUGUGGGAGCACACCAAAGGGCGCUACACGUGUGUGCAGUGUGGCCACAUGGUGAUCAGCCGUAAAGAGAUGACUCAGCACAUCUCCACUAAACACAGCAGGAACAAAGCUACAGAAGACACAGGGAGCGCGGCCACCAAAACGUAGAGAAGAGGCAACAUGUCUCUUGUUCUCCUCAGGAACUGAAGUACAUUACCCUUUUUAUUCUGCGUUGAAAGCCUGCAGCAGUGAUUCAUGAACUGAGUAUAUAUUUCAUUGAUUGCCACAAAGCACUUUUAUUGCCUUUUUGCUUCCAGGAAACCAUACGACUUUUCAGCUAAAUACAGUUCAUUACUAAUCUCCCUAUUGUUGAAAAAUAAAGAGCUUUUUGAACAUUAAGCAUGGAGACAUGUCACCGUAGAGGCACCAAAUACUAAUUUGACUUCAGUCAUUGAUGUUUGCAGGAGGGCAUUCUCGAGACAGAUGGUGAAUAAAAACUGCAAGACUA